GGCAUGCUAUGCGCGCAUUGGUCUCGGCUCAGACGCGUCAGCUCGCGCUCGUGUUGCGCAACAGCGCUCCGCAGUACACACAGCAGCACGAGACUGAGCUCUUCUCCGGAGCGGAUCAUGAAGACCUUCUGCUCAGUCUGGCUGCUUCUCUCGGUGGUCGAGCUCAGUCCGGCUCAGGAGCCUCCGCUGGCGUGCAGAGGAGCCGCGGGUCCAGCGCCGCCGCAGCCUGAGACGGCGGAGGACAUGGCCAGCACUGGAGAUCUGGAGCCCACACACUACCCGGCGCGGCGGGCGGCUCAGGUGGCCCUGCACUACCUGAACACACGCCACGGCUCGCCCUUCAGGGUGUUCGGACUGCAGCAGGUGCACAAGGCCAGUGCGGAGGAUGUGGAAGCAGGAGGCAGGAAGUACAAGCUGGAUUUCUCAGUGACGGACUGGGCCAGUGGCAGUGCGGGCCCAGCGCUGCGGUGCUCAGCGGACGUGUUGUUCCCUCGGACGGAGCGGCACAGUGCUCCUGACGUGAAGCUGCGCUGUGAGGCUCUGCAGCAGAUCAACCGCACCGUGCAGGAGGAGGAGGCUUUCUACCAGAAACACAUCCCGCCUGACAGCGCCGUCUCUGCGCGCGACAUACCAGACAGCUACGGUAACAUGAGCGAGGAGAUGCAGCCGUUCUGGCGUUUGGCUCGUGUGGCCGCGUCCUUCAUCAUGCUCAGAGAGUCCAGUGAGAACACAGAGUUCAACAUGGUUCAGAUGGCCAGCGUCACCCAGCAGGAGUCGAGCGAGGAGCAGCUGAUGUUGGAGUUUGUGGUUCUUCUUCAUGACCUCCCCUCGCAGGAGAUCGUUCAGUGGAAGCUGCUGGCGUCCUGGUCUCCAGACAGAGGCGUCAGGGUCCUGCAGACCGAGUGGCAGCCCAGAUGCCCUCACGCCACCAAACCACCCAACUAACCCUGUGCUGAAUGUGUGCUAACCCUGUGCUGAAUGUGUGCCGGCCAUCCAGACCAAUAAAGACCGACCGAUACAG